AUGCCGUCAGACCUGCGCCAGACCAAAGCCCUCAGAGCGAACAUCGCCAAUUUGGCAGAUAUGCCACGACCGGGCUUACUGGCUGAGUGGUUAGACCUGGAUGGCGAGGGUGUCCCAGGUCUCCCGACACGAUCGAGCGACGGCACGCUCUCCUACCAACGCAACAACGGGGAUCGGACGUUUUUGGCUCCAGAAAUUCUUGGUCAGCAGCCCUCGCUGGGUACCGGCCGCCUCGGGCGAUUCAGCGAUCUGGACCGGAAUGGUUGA